AUGUCUGUCGCUCAAAACAUUCUUCAGCCAUCUUCCUACGUCGGGUUCGACACAAUCACUACACAAAUUGAACACCGUUUGUUGAAAAGAGGUUUCCAAUUCAAUAUUUUAGUUGCUGGUUAUUCUGGGUUAGGUAAAUCCACUUUGAUCAAUACUUUAUUUUCUUCUCAUCUUGUUGAUUCUUUAGGCCGUAAAUCAAGUUCAGAACCAAUCACAAAAACUUCAGAAAUUGCAGUUUCUCAUCAUCAAUUGGUGGAAAAUAACGUUCGUUUAAACAUCAAUGUUGUUGACACUCCAGGUUUUGGUGAUCAAAUCAAUAAUGAUAAAUGUUGGGAACCAAUUGUUAGAUAUAUUAAAGAACAAUAUUCUUUAUAUUUAAGAAAAGAAUUAACUGCACAACGUGAAAAAUUCAUCUCAGAUUCAAGAGUUCAUGUCGUUUUAUAUUUCAUUCAACCAAAUAAUGUCGGUUUACGUGCCGUUGAUGUUUUAGCUUUGAAAAAAUUGAGUGAAAUUGCAAAUGUUGUUCCAAUUAUUUCAAAAGCUGAUACUUUAACUUUAGAUGAACGUGAAAAUUUUAGAAAAAUUUUACAAACUGAAUUCCAAUAUCAUAAUUUAAAUUUAUAUCCUUAUAAUUCUGAAGAUUUAUUAGAUGAAGAAAAAGAAUUAAAUGAAAGUAUUAAAUCAAUAAUCCCAUUUGCAGUUAUUGGUUCAGAAAAUGAAAUUACAAUUAAUGGUGAAGCUUUUAAAGGUAGAAGAACAAGAUGGGGUACUAUAAAUGUGGAGGAUAUAAAUCAAUCUGAAUUUGUUUAUUUAAGAGAUUUCUUAACAAGAACUCAUUUACAAGAUUUAAUAGAAACUACUUCAACUAUACAUUAUGAAAACUUCAGAUCAAAACAAUUAACCACAUUAAAAGAAAAUGCAUCAUCAGGUGCUCGUACAAGUGCCCAUUUAUCACAAGUUCCAAACCAACAAGGACAAGCUGGUCAAGGUCCAAUUUCUCAACAACAAAAUAAUGGAUCUACAAACAAUAUUUAUAAACGUCCAUGA